AUGACGUUCGAGGCUACCCUGGUGAAAGCUCAACUAAAAAACAUGCAAGAAAUCAGAAACAUGGGAAACAAGCCUUUUUUGAUUCAGACGUACCGGAACCAAAAAUGGAUAAAAGUGAAGUCUGAUGAGCUUGUUUCAGGCGAUAUUGUCUCAAUCGGUCGUUCAUCUGAUGAUCAAGCUGUUCCAUGUGACAUGAUCCUAUUACGGGGACCAUGUAUUGUUGAUGAAUCCAUGCUCACUGGAGAGUCCGUACCACAAAUGAAGAGGCCUAUAGAAGAUCUGGAAAAGGAUAGAUAUUUUGAUAUUGAUGCGGAUAGCCGUCUUCACGUAAUUUUCGGUGGCACAAAAAUCGUUCAACAUACUCCUCCUGGAAAGGGAGUUGAUGGAUUGAAAGGCCCAGACAAUGGUUGUAUUUGCU